AUGAUCGCCUCUCGAGUGUUUGCUUCUCCCGCUCGUCAGUGCUUGCGAAAAGCCUGUCAACAGCCGACCUGGGCUCCGGCUUUCUUUCAGGCUCAACCCCGACGCUUCGCAUCUACUGCAGAGGCAGACCAAGUCGCCAGAUUCAAGGGCAAGAAGGGGCCGGAUGGGAACUAUACGGUCACAUUAAUAGAGGGAGACGGUAUCGGCCCAGAAAUCUCACAGUCUGUCAAGGACAUCUACACGGCAGCAAAGGUGCCCAUUGUCUGGGAACCGGUGGAUGUCACGCCGCGCUUGAAGGAUGGCCGGACCGUGAUUCCUGACGAGGCAAUUGAGUCGGUGCAGAAGAAUUAUGUUGCUCUGAAAGGACCUCUUGCAACUCCCGUGGGCAAGGGACACGUUUCUCUCAACCUCACUCUCCGACGAACUUUCAAUCUCUUCGCCAAUGUCCGUCCCUGCCGCAGCAUCGAAGGCUACAAGACUCCCUACGACAACGUCGACACAGUUCUGAUCCGAGAAAACACCGAAGGAGAGUACAGCGGCAUUGAACAUGUGGUUGUGGAUGGCGUUGUGCAGUCGAUCAAGCUCAUCACCCGUGCAGCUUCGGAAAGAGUCCUCAGAUACGCUUUCCAGUAUGCGCGAGCGGUCAACAGAAAGAAGGUCCGCGUUGUUCACAAGGCCACCAUCAUGAAGAUGUCCGAUGGUCUAUUCCUCAGCACCGCAAGGGAUGUUGCCAAGGACUUCCCUGACAUUCAAUUCGACGCCGAGCUUCUGGACAAUGCCUGCUUGAAGAUUACAACCGACCCAGGCCCAUACUCCGACAAAGUCCUGGUCAUGCCUAACCUUUACGGUGACAUUUUGUCCGAUAUGUGCGCUGGUUUGAUUGGUGGUUUGGGUCUCACUCCAUCUGGAAACAUUGGUGACGAAUGCUCCAUUUUUGAAGCCGUCCACGGCUCAGCUCCUGAUAUUGCAGGCAAGGGGCUCGCCAACCCGACCGCGUUGCUUCUCAGCAGUAUUAUGAUGUUACGGCACAUGGGCCUGAACGAGUACGCGGCCAAGAUUGAGAGUGCCAUUUUUGCAACGCUGGCUGAAGGCAAGACUCUGACGGGUGAUUUGGGCGGAAAGGCCAAGACGCACGAGUAUGCCCAAGCCAUCAUCAGCCACCUGUAA